CUCAGGAAAAGCUGUUAAUUUUCAUACCGCGAACGUAUAACGUUAUGUAAACGGAUACUAGCAGAAACAGCAAACAUCUGAGUUUGUUGCUAAGUCUCGUGCGCUACGUUCGCAGGAAGUUUCGUAACCGGUGCUACUUCGGCUUACAAUUUGAUAUUUUUUUUUUUUUGCUUUUUGCCGCGGGCAACCUAUUUGUUUCGUUUCUUUGUUUCGAUCAUUUCUUAUUCCAGUUUAUGCGCGUUCAAUUCAAUUCGACCAGAUGUUCUCUAAUCUGAUUUAUAUGCUGAUAAUUUGGCUGUGGUCUGCUCGUGCAAAACUCGCGAUUUUAAAUACGAAUUUACAGACACGUAGAUUUAUCAUUCAAUUUUACGAGUUACCACAGUUUAUAGGUGCGAGGAUGUUAGAAAUUUAUAAACGACCGUAACUUAAAUUAGACUUGUAAUUGGAAUAUUUCAUCCGGAUCGACGCUGCCGGAAUUCUGAAUGUUGGGCGUAUUAAACGAUUUACGGUUGACCUACAUACGAUGUUCUUGAAUUUCCCAUGAUAGCAAUUAACAGUACGAUGGAACUUGAUGUGAAAUUGUGAACGCGAAUCCUGUUUUUCGGAUAUCCACAAUUUAGUGUAAUAAUUCAAUAGCUACGCUCAUCGAGACUGAAAAAUGAAUAGCGAGUUGAAGUCAACUUGACCGUCGUCGAUGGACGUACCUCUUUUCCCAGCGCCACCAAGCCUCAAGGGUGCACCGUCGCCCCUUAGUGACGUGGUAGAUGUUGCGAAGUUGACACGUGUUCCGUUGGCCACGCUCACGUGUCCUCGUGGGCGACAUGUGCCGAAAGGACGUAGGGUUACCAGGGUUCGCAGGAUACAACGUUCAACUCGUAAUAACCUGGUUCACCCCAAGCCGAAGGACCAAUUCCGUCGCCGCGUCACCGAAUUUCGUAUCACGAUGACGGAACGGCAACGGAACGAUGACGACGAUAACGAUGUUGUUUGCGUGAUCGAUUCGCCGACGACAGUUUCGGAAGAACUCUCGUCGCAGCAUAAAUCAUCAGUAGAAUUUAAGAAAUCAGUAUCAUCGAUAGCCGUUCAAACUAUAGUUGGUCUACCAUUACGAUUGCGGGCGUUCCCGUCCGUCAAGGACAUUGUUGAAGAAGACUCGAGGAAUCCAACGAAAAAAUCUUUAAAAAUAUGGAAGCACAUUAGAUUUUUAGGAAGAUUGUCGCUCUCUUUGUUCGGGUUGACCUGGCUGCUCUCCAUUUGGGCUGUCGUGGGUGCAGCUGCCUUUUGCGCGAUCGAAGGGCCACGGGAGCGUGAACAAGUUAUCAAAUUAAAGAAUAUGCAAAGAGAAAUAGCAGUUGGUUUAGCAACAGAGCUGAGACAGCUGCGUACCGAGAAUGAAGAGGACCUAGAACCCCUUUGGGCCAGUAGAAUAAAUCAGUACGUACUGAAACACGAAAAGGUCCUACUGAUGGCUGUUAACGCCGGAUAUGGCGAAAAUGGAAAUAGCGGGCAACUUUGGACGUUUCCUGGCUGUAUACUUUUUUCUAUCUCACUCCUCACUACUUUAGGUUUCGGUGCCCCAGUUCCACGUACUACGUCUGGCAGAACAAUAACUGUUAUUUUCGCGGCAAUCGGAACACCUGCACAUUUCCUCUUAGUCAUGAAUAUUGGUCUUAUACUAGCAUUACGAUUGCAAAGAUAUGCCAUAUCUAGAGAGAAGGCAAGAUACGAUGAAGAAGAGCUGAAAUAUUUGUUGCCGGUACCAAGAUGGGUUAAAAUAUUCCCUUUCGUUUGCAUAGCCACUUACUACCUAAUGGGAAUUCUAUGCUUUGGAGUGGCUCGAUCUAGGCCAUUUGCAGCAAGUAUUCUCUUCCCUCUAGAUUUUACUGCCGCUGGUGGUUUAUCAACAAUACUCGGUUACGUACGAAUAUUGUACGGACUUUAUCUAGAAGGUGCAGUUACUAUUAUUGCUGUUGCACUAGCUGUGCUGCGUGUAUCAGCUACACAAAACUUGACUCAUAUCGGUUUGAAAUAUGGUCUACUGAUUGAAGCUUAAAUAGACACUUAUUAUAAUUUCCUUCAAAAUAAACAAAAAUAACUUCAAUUGAAUUCUAUAUACUUUUAUAGAAUGGAUUCGUAUCUUUGAAUGAAUGUUUCGUAAUUUUGAAUACUUGUUAAU